AUGAAGAAAAAAGCGAUUGAAGCGCUGCAAACGGAAUCUACCAAUAACACGCCACCUGUCCAAAAGGUCGAUAAAGUAGUUGAACCGCGUCGGUACAACAGCUCGCCCCCCGCGCCUCACCGCCGUCCCUCCCAACGCAUCCAGUACUUCGGCGCACCGGUGUACAGUGGCAGUGAAGACGCGUGUUCGCCCGCUUUGCACCCGCCGGCCGGCGACGCGGCACAAAAAAAAGGACCCAAUGUCAGAUUCUUGGAUUGGUGGUAG